AUGGGAUUUAAAUCCAGGGAGGGAAGCUUAGGAGGGGAGAGAAGGAGGGACAGAGAAGCACCAAGCUCUGCAGCCCGAGGGGCCCAGUCCCUGGGGGAAGUGUUGGAAGUGGUGCCCAGCAGCCUCUGAGGUCUCCGAGAGCAUCUGCUCCCUGUCUCCCCAAGGAUGGGUCUCCGGGGGAUGUUCUGCUUCCCCCUGGGGCUCCUCUUUGGCUCUGUGCUGUUGGUGGCCUCAGCCCCGGCCACCCUCGAGCCUCAGGGCUGCAGCGACAAGGAGCCGCAGGUUACUGUCAGCCACACCUACAAGAUUGAUGUGCCCAAGUCCGCUCUGGUCCAGGUCGAGACUGACCCCCAGCCCCUUAGUGACGAUGGAGCCUCGCUCCUGGCCUCAGGGGAGGCCGAGGAACAGAACAUCAUCUUCAGGCACAACAUCCGCCUACAGACGCCACAGAAGGACUGUGAGCUGGCAGGCAGCGUCCAAGCCCUCCUGGCCCGAGUGAAGAAGCUGGAGGAAGAGAUGGCAGAGGUGAAGCAGCGGUGUGAUGUCCAGCGCUGCUGCCAAGGAGUUGCCGGUGCCAACGGCCACUGCAGCGGCCACGGGACCUUCUCCCCCGAGACCUGCGGCUGCCGCUGCGAGCAGGGCUGGGAGGGCGCCGCAUGCGAGCGGCCAGCCUGCCCCGGGGCGUGCAGCGGCCACGGGCGCUGCGUGGACGGCCGCUGCGAGUGCGACGCGCCCUACGUGGGCGCCGACUGCGCCUACCCCGCCUGCCCCGAGAACUGCAGCGGCCACGGUGUGUGCGUGCGCGGCGCGUGCCGGUGCCACGAGGACUUCACGUCCGAGGAUUGCAGCGAGCGCCGCUGCCCCGGCGACUGCAGCGGCCAUGGCUUCUGCGACACGGGCGAGUGUUACUGCGAAGAGGGCUUCAGCGGCCCGGACUGCGCCCAGGUGGUGGCCCCUCAGGGCCUGCAGCUGCUCAAGAGCACAGAGGAUUCCCUGCUGGUGAGCUGGGAGCCGGCCAGCGAGGUGGACCACUACCUCCUCAGCUACUACCCCCUGGGAGAGGAGCUCUCUGGGAAGCAGAUCCAAGUGCCGAAGGAGCAGCACAGCUAUGAGAUCCUCGGUUUGCUGCCUGGCACCAAGUACAUGGUUACCCUGCUCAACGUGAAGAAGGAGGUUUCCAGCCGCCCACAGCAUCUGCUUGCCACCACCGAUCCGGCUGUGCUUGGCACCGCGUGGGUGACAGAGGAGACUGAGAGCUCCCUGGAUGUGGAGUGGGAGAACCCCCCGACCGAGGUGGACUACUACAAGCUUCAGUAUGGCCCUCUGACAGGGCAGGAGGUGGCUGAGGUCACCGUGCCCAGGAGCGGUGACCCCAAGAGCCGAUAUGACAUCACUGGUCUACAGCCCGGAACAGAGUAUAGGAUCACUGUCAUCCCCAUGAAAGGAGAACUGGAGGGCAAGCCGAUUCUCCUGAAUGGCCGCACAGAAAUCGAUAGCCCAACCAACGUGGUCACCGACCGAGUGACAGAAGACACAGCGGUAGUCUCCUGGACCCCAGUCCAGGCUGUCGUAGACAAGUACGUGGUGCGCUACACCUCUGCUGAUGGGGACACCAGGGACAUGGCGGUGCCCAGGGAGCAGAGCAGCACCGUCCUGACGGGCCUGAAGCCGGGAGAGGCGUACAGAGUCUACGUGUGGGCCGAGAGGGGCAGCCAGGAGAGCAAGAAGGCCGACACCAAGGCCCUCACAGACAUUGACAGCCCCCAAAACCUGGUGACCGACCGGGUGACAGAGAACACGGCCACCGUCUCCUGGGACCCGGUGCAGGCCGUCAUCGACAGGUACAUGGUGCGCUACACGUCUGCCGAUGGAGACACCGGGGAGGUGCCGGUGGGGAAGGAGCAGAGCAGCGCCGUGCUGAGGGGCCUGAGGCCGGGCGUGGAGUACACGGUCCAGGUGUGGGCCCAGAAGGGGACCCGAGAGGGCAAGAAGGCCGACACCACGGCCCCGACAGACAUUGACAGCCCAACAAACCUGGUGACCGACCGGGUGACAGAGAACACGGCCACCGUCUCCUGGGACCCGGUGCAGGCCGUCAUCGACAGGUACAUGGUGCGCUACACGUCUGCCGAUGGAGACACCGGGGAGGUGCCGGUGGGGAAGGAGCAGAGCAGCACCGUGCUGACGGGCCUGAGGCCGGGCGUGGAGUACACAGUCCAGGUGUGGGCCCAGAAGGGGGCCCGGGAGAGCAAGAAAGCCAACACCACGGCCCCAACAGAUAUUGACAGCCCCCAAAACCUGGUGACCGACCGGGUGACAGAGAACACGGCCACCGUCUCCUGGGACCUGGUGCAGGCUGUCAUCGACAGGUACAUGGUGCGCUACAGGUCUGCCGAUGGAGACACCGGGGAGGUGCCGGUGGGGAAGGAGCAGAGCAGCGCCGUGCUGACGGGCCUGAGGCCGGGUGUGGAGUACACGGUCCAGGUGUGGGCCCAGAAGGGGGCCCGGGAGGGCAAGAAGGCGGACACCAUGGCCCCGACAGACAUUGACAGCCCAACAAACCUGGUGACCGACCGGGUGACAGAGAACACGGCCACCGUCUCCUGGGACCCGGUGCAGGCCGUCAUCGACAGGUACAUGGUGCGCUACAGGUCUGCCGAUGGAGACACCGGGGAGGUGCCGGUGGGGAAGGAGCAGAGCAGCGCCGUGCUGACGGGCCUGAGGCCGGGUGUGGAGUACACGGUCCAGGUGUGGGCCCAGAAGGGGGCCCGGGAGGGCAAGAAGGCGGACACCAUGGCCCCGACAGACAUUGACAGCCCAACAAACCUGGUGACCGACCGGGUGACAGAGAACACGGCCACCGUCUCCUGGGACCCGGUGCAGGCCGUCAUCGACAGGUACAUGGUGCGCUACAGGUCUGCCGAUGGAGACACCGGGGAGGUGCCGGUGGGGAAGGAGCAGAGCAGCGCCGUGCUGACGGGCCUGAGGCCGGGUGUGGAGUACACGGUCCAGGUGUGGGCCCAGAAGGGGGCCCGGGAGGGCAAGAAGGCGGACACCAUGGCCCCGACAGACAUUGACAGCCCAACAAACCUGGUGACCGACCGGGUGACAGAGAACACGGCCACCGUCUCCUGGGACCCGGUGCAGGCCGUCAUCGACAGGUACAUGGUGCGCUACACGUCUGCCGAUGGAGACACCGGGGAGGUGCCGGUGGGGAAGGAGCAGAGCAGCGCCGUGCUGACGGGCCUGAGGCCGGGCGUGGAGUACACAGUCCAGGUGUGGGCCCAGAAGGGGGCCCGGGAGAGCAAGAAAGCCAACACCACGGCCCCAACAGACAUUGACAGCCCCCAAAACCUGGUGACCGACCGGGUGACGGAGAACACGGCCACCGUCUCCUGGGACCCGGUGCAGGCCGUCAUCGACAGGUACAUGGUGCGCUACACGUCUGCCGAUGGAGACACCGGGGAGGUGCCGGUGGGGAAGGAGCAGAGCAGCGCCGUGCUGACGGGCCUGAGGCCGGGCGUGGAGUACACGGUCCAGGUGUGGGCCCAGAAGGGGGCCCGGGAGAGCAAGAAGGCGGACACCAUGGCCCCGACAGACAUUGACAGCCCCCAAAACCUGGUGACCGACCGGGUGACAGAGAACACGGCCACCGUCUCCUGGGACCCGGUGCAGGCCGUCAUCGACAGGUACAUGGUGCGCUACACGUCUGCCGAUGGAGACACCGGGGAGGUGCCGGUGGGGAAGGAGCAGAGCAGCGCCGUGCUGACGGGCCUGAGGCCGGGCGUGGAGUACACGGUCCAGGUGUGGGCCCAGAAGGGGGCCCGGGAGAGCAAGAAGGCGGACACCACGGCCUCCACAGACAUUGACAGCCCCCAAAACCUGGUGACCGACCGGGUGACAGAGAACACGGCCACCGUCUCCUGGGACCCGGUGCAGGCCGUCAUCGACAGGUACAUGGUGCGCUACACGUCUGCCGAUGGAGACACCGGGGAGGUGCCGGUGGGGAAGGAGCAGAGCAGCGCCGUGCUGACGGGCCUGAGGCCGGGCGUGGAGUACACGGUCCAGGUGUGGGCCCAGAAGGGGGCCCGGGAGAGCAAGAAGGCGGACACCACGGCCCUGACAGACAUCGACCCUCCCAAAAACCUUCGUCCAUCUGCCGUUACACAGUCCGGGGGGGUGUUGACCUGGACGCCCCCCUCUGCUCAGAUCAAUGGCUACAUUCUGACCUACCAACUCCCAGAUGGCACCGUUAAGGAGGUACAGCUUGGAAGAGGGAACGAGAGACUUGAGUUGCAAGGCCUUGAGCAGGGCAUCGCCUACCCAGUCUCCUUGGUUGCCUUUAAGGGUGAUCGCCGGAGCAGGAGUGUAUCUACCACCCUUUCCACAGUUGGUGCCCGUUUUCCACAUCCUUCCGACUGCAGUCAAGUUCAGCAGAACAGCAAUGUCGCCAGCGGUCUAUAUACCAUCUACCUGCAUGGUGAUGCCAGCCGGCCCCUGCAGGUGUACUGUGAUAUGGACACGGACGGAGGUGGCUGGAUUGUCUUCCAAAGGCGCAACACUGGACAGCUGGAUUUCUUCAAGCGCUGGCGGACCUACGUGGAAGGCUUUGGGGACCCCAUGAAGGAGUUCUGGCUUGGACUCGACAAGCUGCACAACCUCACCACUGGCACUGCCACCCGGUAUGAGGUGAGAGUGGACCUACAGACAGCCAACGAGUCCGCCUAUGCCGUGUAUGAUUUCUUCCAGGUGGCCUCCAGCAAGGAGCGGUACAAGCUCUCAGUCGGGAAAUACAGAGGCACGGCCGGGGAUGCUCUUACUUACCACAACGGAUGGAAGUUUACAACUUUUGACAGAGACAACGAUAUUGCCCUCAGCAACUGUGCCCUGACACAUCAUGGUGGCUGGUGGUAUAAGAACUGCCACUUGGCCAACCCCAACGGCAGAUACGGGGAGACCAAACACAGUGAGGGGGUGAACUGGGAGCCAUGGAAAGGACAUGAAUUCUCCAUUCCUUAUGUGGAGUUGAAAAUCCGCCCUCAUGGCUACAGUGGAGAGCACGUCCUGGACAGAAAGAAGCGGACACUAGGAGAAAAUUCGAGAAUGUUCUGAUGGCCUAUUUGAACAGUCAUCACACGAGACAAGACCAGCCCAGGGUUGGGGCUAUGUAGGCUUGGGGCAAGGUGGGUAGUGGUGACUGGUUAAUGGAAGUUUGAGGGAUACUCCUGGCCUCUGGUUUCUGAGAUGGCUGGGUAACCUCCAGGACAAAGUGUGUGACCAAACUUCAGACCACACAGGUCUCUGUCACCUGCAUUUCUGCCCAUCUGUAUUGGGGACCUGCAAAUCAACACAAUAGUAUAUAUGAGAAAGAACACCGGACUGCAAGUUCGUCAGUCUGUCUUCAGUAGCAAAUAUAUGGGAUUGGGGAGUAGGGGGAAGGGAAAAGAAUCAUCUAGCACUUCACCAGUUGGUGUGUGUGUGUGUGUGUGUGUGUGUGUGUGUGUGUGUAUCUUUUCUCUAGAAAGCUGUACCAAGGAGGGGUUCUAUUUGAUGACCAAGGGGCUUAACGUAGUCUGAUGCUUGUUACCUCCCAUGACCACUGGGAUUUGAGGAAAAAGGUAUAAAUCUUCACCUGUUUAAAAAAUGCUAGACCAGGAGAAAGAACAAAGGGACCAAGACUGAUUCACAUAGAGCUAAGUUGUGACCAGUAUCCAGCAGGCUGGGAACCAAGCUUCCGUGUUACCCCCCUUUUCAAGUUCCCCCUUCCCACAUAUUUGCAUAAUCACUUUCAGAGAUCUGCAUAUGUUGUGAAUAAAUUCUCACUCGUUUCAGCUUUAAA